ACCUGUCUAAAAUAAGUGAGAAAAUAAUACAUGUAUGUAAUAUUUGUGACAUUUUAAAUGAAAUAAGCAAAUUAUAUUAUUUAUUUAUUUAUUUAGUUUAUAUCCAUGUAAAGUGAUCAAAAUGGUACAGUCUCAUUUUUCACUUUCAUGGGAUUCGUAUAAGUCAAAUCUGUCAACUGGAUUUAGUGGUUUGCAACAGAAUGGAGAACUCGUUGAUAUGACUUUGGCUGCUGAUGGGCACUUCGUUAAAGUGCAUCAGGUUCUAAUAGCUUUGUCAAGCUCCUAUUUAAAACAACUUAUUCUAUCGGCUCCGUGUCAACACCCUGUCAUCUUCCUCAAUAAUGUCUCCAAUACAACUCUAACAUUCCUGUUAGAAUACAUAUACACAGGACAGGUGUCUGUGCCUUCUAGUAAUUUGUCAGCAUUUAUUGAAGCCGCAAAAGCUUUACACAUAAAAGGGCUUGAGAAUGUUGAGGACAACAGCAAAGAAAAGCAAACACCAAUUAAUGUGGAUGAAUGUAAUAUAAGCUCUAAUAGAAUUGCUGUUAAAAGAAAAUCCAGUGCACCCGAUCAGUUUCAUCUACCGGCCACAGCAAGAAAAGUUCUAGUUAAAUAUGGAGGAGCCACAUCCACGGUAAUCGUGGAAAAGAAGAAUCUUAAUGAAUCCAUGGAUAAUGAUGAGGUACACAACACAAUGGACCAUAAUGCACUCGAAGCGGACACUCACUUGACUGAUGAAACACAGAAGGAUAAAGACAAAGGAGCAGUUCAAAUGGCGUCGUCCAAUUUACAAUAUACGGUUUCGAUACGGGGCUCCUUGCAAGUUAUAUUAAACAGAUAUAUAUACAAUUUACACUCAUCUCAGUCUACUGGAGUGCGUCGUUGGAGAUGCUGCGAUUAUCGCAAUAAGAAAUGCAGCGCGUUUGUCGUGACACAGGAUAAUGUUGUCUUAAACAGAGCGAAUCCCCACAACCAUUCGUUUCACGAUAAGAAGAUUCUGGAUAAAAUUGAAAAGAACGCUAUCUACACGGCCAUAGACGACGUCAAAGGCGUCAUAGACAAAGAGAAGCCCAAAGACAAUCUGCCAAUGGAAAGCGAAUUCGUAGGACUCUCUUUUAAUACGGAAUUAGAUGAUUUAACGAAUGAUCCGAAAACAGUGUCGUCGUAUAAAGUAAAUUAAUUAUAAAUAAUUAUAAAAUAAAGAUUUUAGAGCUUA